ACGGUCCUUCCUAUUGGCUUAGCGCGCUUCCAUGCCCCUCCUCCUCCUCCUCUCUCGUGACUUCCCUGUCAACACAGGAGAAGCUAAGAUGGCGGCCUUGGCGACCGAUGGGUUUGCGCGGAGCGAAAGGGCUGCGACGAGUUUCCAGAGGAAAGGGCCCGAUGGGGGAGGCGGUCGCUUGGCCCUUCUGCCGGGCACCCGACCGUCGGUGCGGCACGGGCAGCUCCUCCUUUCCAGCGGGCUCCCUUCUCUGGACUGUGUGCUAGGUGGAGGUUUGGCAAUCGGAACUCUUCUUCUAAUAGAGGAAGAUGUAUAUGGUGUUUACUCCAAUCUGUUGUUCAAGCAUUUCCUAGCAGAAGGGAUUGUCUGUGGACAUAAUUUAUUUGUUGCUUCAGAUAAAGGAGAGCCUGCUGAUAUUCUAAAGGAGCUUCCAUUGCCUUUGUUGAAUACCUCUGCCAAUGAAAUGGAUGAACAAGCAAGAGCUGCCAAAAACUGUAAGCAUGAUUCUCAGGAGUCCAUGACAAUAGCCUGGCGUUACCAGAACAUCCCAAAAUUUGAGACACCCAUUUCAAAAUGUGGACAUUACUUCGAUUUGUCAAGAACAAUAACUCCAGAACUGCUCCAGAAUAUCAAGUGGGAUGGUUUUUCUCUUCUUCAAGAAAUAGAUUCAUGUGAUAUGGCCUGUGGUUAUACCAGAUUACUUCAUUCUAUUCAGAAAGUCAUUAUCCAGCAAGGAUAUGAUGGCUCUAAUUCCCAGAAAAAGCAAAGAAACAUUUUGAGAAUUGGAAUUCAAAGCCUUGGUUCAGUUCUGUGGGGUGAUGAUAUUUGCUGUACUGAGAGUCCACAAAAUAUUUACAGCCUCACAAAAUUUCUGUAUGCUCUCCGCGGCCUUCUCAGAACAUCUCUGUCAGCUUGCAUCAUCACUAUUCCAGCUCAUCUGAUCCAGAAUAAAGCAAUUAUGGAACGUGUUACAAUCUUGUCAGAUACGGUAGUUGGUCUUGAAUCAUUUAUUGGCUCUGAGAGAGAAACCAAUCCAUUAUACAAGGAUUACCAUGGUUUGGUUCACAUACGCCAGAUUCCUCGACUUAAUAGCUUGAUCUCUGAUGUGUUAGACACGAAGGACCUUGCUUUUAGGUUGAAAAGGAAGCUGUUUGUGAUUGAGAAAUUGCAUUUGCCUCCAGACUUGUCAGACACAGUGAGCCGCACAAGCAAACAGGAUCUGGCAGAAUCCACGAAAUUGCUGAGCUCAGGAUGCAGUGCAAUGGCCAUAGGCAAGAAGCACCUGGACUUCUAGUGAUUUCUACUUAACAGCUUCACUCCAAUUCACAUGACACUGUAAUUAUGAAUGUUAAUGACUUAUGUAAAUAUUUUUCUUAAUCACAGCAACCCAGUAGUCCUUUGAAAGAAAGUAUUCAAAUUGUGUGCCUUAUUUUUUGGCUAUUUUAUGUUUGUUGUAAAUGAAUUUAUCUAGAGUAAAUAAACACAUCCUAUAUUUUGAGGCAGUUCUGAAGGCUUGAAGUACUGUAGAUUGCAAUUUUGAAAAGUUAGAGGAUUUUCUGUUGCCAUCAACUGCCCUGUGGCAAGUAAAUCAAAGAAUAAAAUGCUUUGUGUAUACAAAAAUUUUGCAUAUUGCAAAUCAGUAUUGUGAAGAUUAAAAAUCAUGUAUCUGU